GGCCAGCAGUUUGCAUCUGAAAUUCGGUAACUGAACGUCGCAAGAUGAAGUGGCUUAGUUUGUUCCUGAUUUUCGGUAUUCUCGGGCUCAUCGGCAGCCUGGGAACUCUCACGAUGGCAGAACCCAAUCCGGAACCCAAGGGUCGUCCCAAUACAACUCGUCGUCCGAGAAACGAUAACGACAACGAUCGACGUUAGCAAUCCGAGAGGAUGGAGGAGAUGGAGGAUCCUUCCAGGGAGAAAUCCCCUCGAAGAUGCACCGAACCACAGAAGACACACGAGGCACAUCACAUCUCGGUGAAGGUCAAAUGUUUUGGAGUUGAGAAAAUGCAAUAUGUUGAGGUUCUGCUCAUUUAGUGGAUGGAAUCUCCCUCAGAUACAACACAAUAAAAACGAAUUCGGUUACAACAGA